GGUGCAUAUGUGUAUUUUGUGUAGUGUCGUUUUGUGUUGUCAUUGAAUACCCUGAUCCUGUCAUUUGAGUGGCUAGAGGAGGAUACUCUCUGGUGUGUAUAUCACUGUCAUUGUGUAGCCUGGUAUGAAGAUGAUGUUGUUGUAAGACAACACUAGCUGGUGUUUGGCUUGCAGCUAUUACUGGGUCACAGCAACUUGCAUUGAUCUUGUUGUUUUCCUAGAAAUCUCUGACCUACAUCUAGCCUUCUUUAACCACAAAUGUUUGGUGGUGGAUAAUCAGUCAUUCCAUAGGUUGUGGGAGUACUUGUCUGCUCUUUAUUGUCUUGUCUUGUCACUGCUUAGGGCUGAUCUAGCCACCGCAAUGAAUACAGAUGGGAUUCCCAUCCCCAUUAUCAAAGAAGGCUAUUUAUCCAAAAGAGGUGAACACAUCAAGAACUGGCGCAAACGUUACUUUAUUUUGCGCCAAGAUGGAUCAUUCUUGGGGUUUCGUACCAAGCCAGAGGGUGGAGUUCUCAGUGAUCCGUUGAAUGAUUUUACAGUCAAAGACUGUCAGCUGAUGAAACUAGAUAGACCAAAACCAAACACCUUUAUAAUCCGUGGAUUGCAAUGGACAACAGUGGUUGAACGGAUGUUUUGUGUCGAUACUCCUGAAGAAAGGGAGGAAUGGAUUGAAGCAAUCUGUUCGGUUGCAGAGAAUCUCAAAGUCACAGAAGAAGAUACUGAAGGAGAUUUCUCCUUGUCUAAAAAGAAAGUGUGCCUAGAUGACUUCGAAUUCUUCAAAGUGUUGGGUAAAGGAACAUUCGGAAAAGUGAUUUUGUGUAAGGAAAAAUCAACAAAUCAUCUUUAUGCCAUUAAGAUAUUGAAGAAAGCUGUUAUCAUUGCCAAAGAUGAAGUUGCACACACACUAACAGAAAAUAGAGUCCUCCAACAUACAAAACAUCCAUUUCUAACGCAACUGAAAUAUUCAUUCCAAACUGCCGAUAGGUUGUGCUUUGUGAUGGAGUAUGUGAAUGGUGGUGAACUGUUUUUCCAUUUGUCUAGAGAGAGAGUGUUUUCCGAAGAGAGGACAAAGUUCUAUGGAGCGGAAAUCAUAUCAGCACUAGGAUACCUUCAUGAAAAUAAUAUUGUGUAUAGAGACUUGAAACUUGAGAACUUGUUACUUGAUAAAGAUGGCCACAUCAAAAUAGCUGACUUUGGUCUUUGUAAAGAGGAGAUGCACUUUGGAGCAAGCACAAGUACAUUUUGUGGUACCCCAGAAUACCUAGCACCAGAGGUGUUGGAAGACAACGAUUAUGGCCGUGCAGUGGACUGGUGGGGUACUGGUGUUGUUAUGUAUGAAAUGAUGUGUGGACGUUUACCUUUCUACAAUCGUGACCAUGAUUUGUUAUUUGAACUAAUAUUGACCACUUCUGUGAAAUUUCCUCGGACCUUAUCAGAUGAUGCAAAGUCACUGCUUAGUGGAUUUUUAGCUAAAAACCCUAGAGAUAGACUGGGCGGUAGUGAAGCUGAUAUUAAAGAAAUUGUUGUGCAUCCAUUCUUUUCAUGUAUCAACUGGCAGGACCUCAAUGACAAAAAGAUUGCUCCUCCGUGGAAGCCUGACGUGAAGAGUUCUUGGGACACGAAGUACAUCCCUGAGGAGUUUGCUCAGGAACCCAUGCACCUCUCUCCGACUGAGGGCAGUGGGAGUCGGGAGCUCGAGAGCAUCAGUGAAGAUGGUGAACUGCCACACUUUGACCAGUUCUCCUACCAUGGCGGCAGUCGGGGCAGUUUUGGCAACUAUCUCAGUGCAUCUGCUCAGGCUGUGAGUGAAUUGUACUGAAUCCCGAGCUUUCUUUUAAACAUACAAAUGAACAUUAAUGUCCUGUAUGACCAACAAGUUGUCUGUAUAUGCUUUGAUUACAUGAAGUGAAUUAUUUUGUUCAUCAAACUGGCAUUGGUUUGUACAUUUCCAGUCUUCUGUUUAAAUUUAUAUUAGCUUUCGUUGAUAAAUGUGUAGUGCAGCUUAAAUACAAACUUAAAAGGAAAGUAGAUGCAUAAAUUUGUUAUAAUAAAACAAGUUUGGAUUGUGAAAUAAUUAAGAGAGAGAAGUCUGACCCUCAUGAGUGUCAGCCUUGUUACUAUAGCUUAAAGUAUCUUAUUGUCAAAUAUUUCUAAAAUAAAUCGAUCAUGAAAACCCUAGUGAAAGUAUGGGGUGUUUUUUGUUGAACACAAUAUUUAUUUACACCAUUGUCAGAUCUUAGGAAUAUGUAGGUGUAUGUUUUGUUAAAUACUAGUAUAUACAUGUACCUUUUUGUAGAAAAUAACAUCUGUCUUUAUUGUACAUAAUAUUGUUGAUAUUUGUUAUAAUUGUUGAUUAUUGUUACGAUCUACAGACAAUUGACUAGACGUUUUUUUUUUGUGGGUUUUUUACUGAGGCAUAAUCAGGUGCAUUGAGAAGAGUUUGGUGUCCUUUUAAAACAUUUUUUAAGGCAGUAGUUGUACUUUUUGCAAGUUAGAUCUGUAGAGCAUGCCACGUUCUACCAUUUUCAUUUUAGAUAAUUGAUUAAUUUUAAUGCAAACUGACUACCAAAUUUGACAUUUCACAUUAAGUGCAUUUCUACCUCUUCCCAUGGACUGGUCUAAAUACCCGCACCGCCAAUGAAAUGACAAGAAUCAUCCAUUGUGUUAUGCUAGAAUUAGACUACCAACUGCCAGCACAGAGUUGGCCAACUUUCUGCUCUCACGACUUCUAUGCUGUCCAGUUGUUAAUCUGAGCGCACCCGUCAUUAGUUGGGAGUUGGGGAAAUUAGGGGUACCAGCUUCUGACCAUGUGCCACGAUCAUCUCUUUCUUCUUUCUCAUUUGCCUCUAUGGAGGUUGCUGUUGCUGUGCGUUCAGCCAGACCCAUGCUCAUUGAUACAAGCUAAAUAAGCUUUUUAAUUUUUGGUGUUUUAUGUUGUAGCCGAAUAUUAGCUAUGGCAAAACAUAAAAAGAUCUAAAUUAACACUUAUUAAAUAUUGGUUGUUAUGGGAAAGCAACAUUGUAUGUUAAAUUGUAUAGAUUUCAAUUGUGUACAUCAAAACAAUCCAUUUUAUUCUGGAGUUAAACCUUUAAACUCUUAUCAAAUUUAUUACUGGAAUAAUCUAAACAAUAUUUACUUUAAUGUUUCGGGUGGGUUUAUUUGGUACCUGUUGUCAUAAAAAUAAGAAAUUAAUGUAAGGGAGUUCGGAUGAUGUAGAAUUUAUUAUUCAGUUUUUAAAUUUUAAGUAGUAUUAUGUUUAAGAUUGACAUGGCAUUAACUAAAAAAAUUUUUUAAUUUUAAGUAUAUUUGAAUUGUAUUGGUUGCAAAAAAUCCUGUAAGAAUUAUGACAUGUACAAUACAUAUCUGGCAUUCACAAACCAUUCUAGUAUUAUUAUACAUUUGGUUUCUCUUUAACCACUUAAUGUAUGUCUUUUGUUAGUAUUGUUUUAUUAAAGUCUCAGUCUUUUUAAUAUCAGUUAUAGGAUAUUAAGUUGAUAAUAAAUUAAUGACAAGAUUUUCAACCGUAUGUUUUUGCUUGAGAACUAAUAUUUACCGAUUUGGAAAAAGUAUGAAAACAAAACUGCUUCCACAAAAUGUUUCACCAUUAUUGUUUUGUAUUUUGUAUUAUUAUUAUUAAACCCAGUUUUAUA